ACCAAUAUCGCAGAGGCCUGUGCAAGAGCUGAAAGACGACAUUUUUAAGGCGACAUUGUCCCCAAACCCACUAAGAAAACAUACUGCGAUGAGCGGCCAAGAGUCCAUAGACAUCGUGGCCAAGGGAAACGGGCUGGAGGCAAUCGUUUCACUGCGCCAGAACGAGCUUAUCCGGAACUUGCGCGCUCUGGUGGCCGUUCGCUUCGAGCAGGCUAUUCCUCGUAUUGUUUUGGUCUUUGCCGGCGAGGUUUUGCGGGACGUUGGUACGAUUGAUGAUCAAGGAAUAAUCUCCGGCGUCACGGUGCACGUCGUGUGUCGGCCAGAGAAGUCCCAGGGCGGUGCUGGCCAGGUGCCCCCUCCGGAGCCGUGCUGCAAAUCGAAGAGCUCCAACUUUCUGACUCGUUUGGCCAACCAACCGAAUCUGAUGAGAACUGUGUUGCAGUCCGAUCCGCGGAUCCAAUCUAUGCUUGAUGAGAAUGCGACGCUGCGCCACUACCUCAACAGCGACAGGAACCUGCUCGAGUUGGCGUCGCAUGCGUUCAGUCCGGCUAAGGCGGAGAUGAGUCGCCGCCGCGAUCUCCACAUCAAGCGCUUGCAAUCGAUGUCCGGUGGACAAAAACUAUUGUUGGCUUUCGAAGAGUGCAUGCGUCAAAACAAUGAAAACACUGUGGCCAGGACAUAUAAGCACCCGCCACUGCGCUUGGAUGACGGCACAAAUCCCCAGCGAGGGCUCGAGAACAGGUGCCCCCUGCCCAAUCCAUGGCGACGCACGGUCACCCUCGAAGACUUAAAUUUUGCAAAGCUCUUGGAGACUGCUUUGAGAAGAAAAUGCAGGAAAGUGAUGAAGACUUUGGCGGAAGGCGACGCUGAAAAGUCGGUAGCUGCUGUGCGUGGACUCCAUGAAGCGGCGGCCUUGGCGCGUCGCAGCUUCGAGCGUCGGAUUCGUGAAAACCAAAUUAAAGCCGCCAAUUCGCCGGGCGGUGCCGAAGCCAUCGGAGUUGGAACUGUCGUAAAUAUAAGUUCAGGCCUCCGGAUGAAUGUGAGCUAUAAAGGACAGAUGGAGCGACUCCAGCAAUUGGGCUACAAUAAUGAGAAACGCAACCAAUACGCUCUGCAGGUCUCACUGGGCAAUCUGGAAGGUGCGGUGAGACUGCUGGAUCAUUGGAAUCGCACUCAGGAAUGAUAGUAUCACUUUUUAAUCAUUCUGUUUUGUUUUUUUUUGCCCAAUGAUCUUGUAUCCGAAUGUAAAAUGCAAACAGUAACGUACCGUGUAACUGAAAUCCCUUAAAUUACUAAAUCUCUGUUUUACUUCGGUAAUCAUUUGUAUAUUUAAAAAAGGCUGACAAUAUAAAAGAUUAUGAAUGAUAUAAUUUGUUCAUUAUGUAA